AUGAUUGAAUGGUGCUCUAGGUUUUGGGCAAACUUUAAAUCUAUAAACUCAAAAUCUUUUUCGGAUGUUAAGUGCAAAACUGAAAUUAAAUGGCACCCACCCGAUACAAAUUGCCUCAAGGUCAAUGUGGAUGCAGGGUUAUCAAAGGAGAAGGGGCGAUGGGGUUGUGCAGCAGUGGCUCGUGAUUCCUUCGGCCAGUUUAGGGGGUUCAGAUCUCUGCUGCUUGAUAGGCCGGUGGAACCGUUCGUUGCUGAGCUUAUAGCAAUUAGAGUGGGCAUGAAUCUCGGUUUGGAGCUGGGACCGGCUAGCUUUAGUGUGGAGUCCGACAGUUUGAAUGCAGUUCAGGCCAUUUCGUCUCCGACAGAGGGUUACCGUGACUGGGAUGGACUGACCCAGUCGCUCUUAGCGUUGAUGGCGUCUCCGAGGUUCCUGGGUUGUUCUUUUGUGCGUCGUGAGGCCAAUAAUCUGGCUCAUUUUCUGGCCAAGUUAACCCUUGAAAUGGGUGAUAGUGUCGAGGGGAACAUGGCUUUGCCCUUAGCUGCGAGGUCUGUGUUGCAGAGAGACCUCCCGUUCCAUCCUUAG